GAGAAAGAGAGAGAGAGAGUGUGUGAGAGAGAGAGAGAGUAAUGGCUAUGGAAGGCAAUGGAUUUUCGAGCAGAGAAGCGGAGCAGAAAGAGGCGACGGAAUUGCUCUUACAGAAGCGGCGAUGCUUUUUCCAUUUUUCAUGUCUCGGGGCGACAAGCCGGGACGGAUUCGGAUCGAAAUGGUCGACGAUGAUGCGUGCAGUGGAGAUCGAGAAGAGCGCGUUGUGGUUUCGGGGGAUCAGAGCCCUAAAUCGGCUCCGGCAUUGGUCGGGGGCCAUGGCGAGGCCGCGAUGGAAGAGCUUCCUCCGCCGCUUCAACACAAGCAAGGAAAAAGCAAUCGCCGGCUGCGGAUGCGGCGGAUGCGAGAAUCAAGGGAAAUUCCGGUACGAUCCUCAUAGUUAUGCGCUGAAUUUCGAUGAAGGACCGGAGCACAAUGAGAAUUUCUCCGUUAGGUACGCGGUGGUUCCGGCGGCCGUUAAAGCCACCCUGGUAUGAGUGCGGUUGUUACAGAAACGGCGCCGUUUUUUACGGGCACGAGUGAUGAGCUCAGUCCUUCGCAUGCACGCAUGCUCAUAGUAGGCGAGAAACAAACAAUUUUUUUUUUCCAUAUUAUUUUUCUUAUUUAAAUUCAGCUGAAUUUUUUUUAAAAGAAUUUAUAAUUUCUUUAAUAUCGUUUCUAU